AUGCGCUUAAUCAAAGCUUCAUCCAUACACAGCAGCAACCUCCAGCUCGUCGACUUCAACCCCGACCAGCUCCCCCGGUACGCCAUUCUCUCGCACACCUGGGGCGACAACGAAGUCAUCUACGCCGAUAUUAGAAACGAAAAUGCCGCCACCAAACCAGCUUUCCAAAAGGUCCGCUAUAGCUGCAUCCAAACCCUGGCAGACGGCCUCGAAUACGUCUGGAUCGACUCAUGCUGCAUCGACAAAAGCAGCAGCGCGGAGCUCUCCGAGGCCAUCAAUUCCAUGUACGAGUGGUACAUGAAGUCAGAAGUCUGCUACACUUACCUCUCUGGCGUCCCCGCCAACGUCGACCCUGUCAAGACGGACGGCGCGUUUGCCUCGUGCCGGUGGUUCACGCGCGGCUGGACGCUUCAGGAACUAAUCGCCCCGGCCGAGAUGGUCUUCUUCUCCGAGGACUGGGUGAAAGUUGGAGAGAAGACGACGCUGAGCAGGCCUCUAUCCGUCAUCACAGGCAUAGACGAAGACAUCCUCACGGGCCUCAGACCCCUCGAAUCUGCGAGCCUCGCCAAGCGCAUGUCCUGGGCAGCGCACCGGCAGACGACGAGACCAGAAGAUGUGGCCUACUGCCUGAUGGGCCUCUUUGGCGUCAACAUGCCCAUGCUCUACGGCGAAGGCGACCGCGCCUUCCUCCGCCUCCAAGAGGAAAUCAUGAAGCAGUCCGACGACCAGUCUCUCUUCGCCUGGGUCGACCUCUCUGCCUCAACCGAGACCUACCACGGCCUGCUGGCCAAGUCGCCGGCCAACUUCGCCUACUCCAACUCCAUCAUGCCUUACCAGGACUGGGAGCCGCGGCCGCCGUACUUCAUGAGCAACCGCGGCCUGCGCAUCGAUCUACCCCUGACGCUGCGCGACCAAGACAUCUUCGUCGCCGCGCUCGACUGUCCCGCGCCGCCGGACUACGAAGACUCUACUUUCCUAGCAAUCUACCUCAAAAAGAUUUCGAGCGGCGGAGAUCAGCAAUUCGCCCGCGUGCGGGUGACCCAGUUCGCCAAGGUCCAGGAGCGGGGGAACAAGCAGACGCUCUACGUGCGGCAGACGUUCAACGGCGUCGCGGACGCGGAGGGUGUGUUUCCGCAGCACAUCAUCCAGCUCCGAAAGGGUCCGCCGCGUGACCAGUACUCGGUGCUGAAUCUCGUGCACUCCAAGGAGGCCGACAGAGGGGACCGGCCGGCGGCGUGCACGUCGAGCAGGGGUUCCGGAAGGGACUUGAUCCACACGGCGACGGGGAAGACGAUUGCUUUCCGCAUCCCGAAGGCGGCGGGCCAGCUCGCCGGGGCCGUCACAUUCGCGCGGACGGACGGGUCCCGGCUGCUCAUCAUGUUCGGGUCCACGGACGGCAUCCGAGCCGGGUUCCACGCCCGCGAGCUACCGCCUGGUUUCCCGGGCAUGAACCAGAACCAGAACCAGAACCAAGCAAAGAGUACGAGCUCAUCAAAAGCAAAGGAGAACCAACAACAAGAUCCACCAGAAGUCACCUUCUCAUUCGACGACUUGCAGACGAUGUUCCGGCCGACCCCUGCGGGCGUCGACGUGGAGCUGGAGCGGUUCCGGGUGCGCGUCGACGUGGAGACGGUGAUUGCCAACGCGAGCAAGUACCUCAUGGCCGACGUGCUCAUCGAACCCGUCAACCGGCCGUGGGACCCGUUUGAGCCGCUGGACGCGGCUCUCGGAUGGUACGAGGGGGCGACGGGGCGGCAGAAUCGGGGGCAGGCUGCCGCAGCUCAAGCGGCGACGGCGCAAGCGAUGGCGACUACUAGUACUAGUGUGAAAACGAAGAGAGCCUCUUCUGGGUGGAGGAGGUUGAUAUCGUGA